GCUGCCAACAAAAAAGCUUAAAAAAAAUAAAUAAUCUUAAACUAACGAAAAACGACAACUGAACGCCUUAAAUAGUGUGCUAGUGUUAGUUGCUUAUUUAAUUACUAUUCCCCGAAAGACUUAGAUCUCGAGUACCAAAACAAAUGUGAGCAGAACAGCAGCCACCAACCGAAGUUAACCGGUUUUAAAAUUUUCCACAACAAAUUCAGUUUUUCCCUGUUUGCGUUGGCAUAAAUUAUCAGCAAAGUGAAAAUCCACAGGCACAUCUAUACCAUAGUUGCGUAUAUGUGUUGUUUUGUGGUACAUAAUACCUUAAGGGCCUGGAUAUCUAAAGUUAAAUAAAAACAAAGCCACUUGCAAACAUAACAGUGAAAAAAGCGCUUUGGUGUCAGGCAGCGAUGGGAUAUUCCAUUACGAAUAGCGAAACCGGAGAGUUGGAGUACUUCUACACGGAUUCGGCCCGUGUGACACAGCCCGCCUACGAUGGAGAGACCGGCGAGCCCGUGCACGGCCAGAUGAAGGUGCGCUAUCGCAAGCAUCAUAAUUUCCAUGUGCCGAAGCACUGCCUCCGCGGCACCCUGUGCGACGAGAUGGACGACUUGAUGACAAACAAAUAUCAAGGGGAUCUGGACAUAACCGUGCAGCAUGGUGCACCCAAGAUGCCGAAGAAAACGACGCCAGGCUAUGAGCGCGAGGACUACUGCCACAUGGAUGGUGUGAGCAGCAAUAUCAUCUUGGGUUACGAGCGUCAGCAUUAUCUGCUGUUCCUGGUGCCGACACUCUUCUGCUACAACUUCUUUAUUGGCGCGCUGAUGGCUGUUAUUGAGAUCUUCCUGCACAUGAUGUCGCACCACAAGAAUGGCCUCACCAUGCAGAAGAGUCUCUACUUCCGCAGUCCCAUGCAUGUGCUCUCGUCACAGUUCUGCGCCAUCUGUCGCACCGAGUCCGACAGCAAGUACAAUCGCAUCUUUGACAUAUUGAACAAACAGAUGCGCGCCGCCCAUCGCUCGGCCACACUGAAGAACAUAUCCAAGGCCAUGGGAUAGCUGCCGCAGAGACAAGCACACGAACACGCCAACGCCCACGAACGAUGUACCAAGAUUUGGCAUCAAAAAACGCUAUAUUUAAUGUUUUUCAAAGUUAAUUUAAAUUAUUUUAAUAACAGAAACGUUUAUUGUCACACGAUCAACACAAAAUAAAUGCACUAAAAUAUCA